GGCACACCUGGAUCAGGGGUUAUACCUGGCACAGGUGGCACACCUGGAUCAGGGGUUAUACCCGGCACAGGUGGCACACCUGGAUCAGGUGGCACACCUGGAUCAGGAUUUAUACCUGGCACAGGGGGCACACCUGGCACGGGUGGCACACCUGGGCAGGAAGGUUUAGGGGGCUCCCACCUGGUGCUGGCGCCAGGGGUGGAGAAAUGCGGCCCUGCCGAAAAUCCCACCUGGGACCCCCAAAACCCUCCCCAAAAUCCUUCCCAGGAUUUCCAAAAUUGUUCCCAAAAUCAUCCCCAAAAUUCUGCCCAGGAUCCCAAAAAUCCUCCCCAAAAUCCCACCUGGGAUCCCCAAAAUCCUUCCCAGGAUCCCCAAAAUUCCCAAAAUUCCUCCUGGGACCCCCAAAAUUCCCCAAAUCCCCCAAAUCCGCCCCGGGGCCGGGUCAGUCACCUGCGGAGCCGCUUUGUCCCCGAGCCGGGAGGGGACGAGGGGCGUGGCGGGGUCACCGUGGGGUCACCUGGGGGUCAAGGGUCAGCCAGGGACAUAGGAACGGUCAAAGGUCAUGGAGUGACCACUGGCCUGGGGACAGCGGAUGGACAGGGGACGGUCAAAGGUCAUGGAGUGACCACUGGCUUGGGGACAAUAGAGGGACAAGUGAUGGUCAAAGGUCAUGGAGUGACCACUGGCCUGGGGACAGCAGAUGGACAAGGGACGGUCAAGGGGAUGGUCAAGAACUGGACAGCGGUGGAGGGCCGGAGAGGUCAGGGGUCAGUGGGGACACCGGGGACAGUGUCCGGCCAAGUGACCCCUUUGGUGACCACGCUGACCACUGCCCCUGUGACGUCAGCGGUGUCACCGGAGGGGGGCGCUGUCCCUUUGUCCGGCGACACUGUCCAGGUGUCCAGUGGCUCUGUCCCCAAGCCCAGGGUCACUGUCCCCAAGUCCGGUGCCACUGUCCAGCUGUCCAGCAGUGUCCCCAUGUCCGGUGGCUCUGUCCCCAUGUCCAGCGGUGUCCCCACGUGUGGCGCCACCAUCCCAGUGUCCACCCCAGUGUCCAGUGCCACUGUCCCCAUGUCCAGCGGUGUCCCCACGUGUGGCGCCACCACUCCAGUGUCCACCCCAGUGUCCGGUGCCACUGUCCAGGUGUCCGCCCCCGUCCCCUCGGCCGUCCGGCCGGUGUCACCUCGCCGUGACCCCCGGUGUCCCCCCCCGUGUCCCCACCCCGCCCUGCAGCGCCGCAGCGGCAACACCAUCACGGUGCGGCCGCGCCGCGCCACCGGCGACCCCGCAGGUGACCCCGCAGGUGGCACAGGUGUCCCCUCAGGUGUCCCCUCAGGUGUCCCCACAGGUGGCCCUGGGUGUGGCCCUGGGCGUGGCCCCGGGGGCGUGGCCGAGCCCCCCAAGAAGCGCUACCCCACGGCCGAGCAGAUCCAGGUGAUCGGGGGGUACCUGGCGCUGCCCCGCUCCUGCCUGGCCAAGGGAGAGCCCCGGCGCAAGAAGCUGCAGAUCUGGUUCAGCGAGCGCGACCUGGAGCGAACCUUCUGCUACCCCUCGGAGGGGGCGGCGCUGGCGGCCUGGGGGGGCCCCCCCGAGGACCCCAACCCCGGGACCCCCAACCCCGGCACCCCCGGCCCGGGACCCCCAAAAGCAGCCCCGGGCCAAGAGGAGGAGGAGGAGGAGGAGGAGGAAGAAGAGGAGGAGCCCCCUCCCCCCACGCUGGGGGGGCUGCCGGGGGGGCUGAGGGGCCGCGCGCUGCUCGUGGACGAAUCCUGCCGUCGAUAACCCCGGCCCAGCCCCCCGGGACCCCCCCAGGACCCCCCGGACGGGGCCGGACACUCGGACAGGGCCGGACACACGGACAGACCCCCCCAAACCCUCCUUGUGUGUGGGGGGGGGGGUUCCAGAACAUUCCACCCCCCUGGCGGGGUCUGGGGGGGUUUUUUUACCACAUUUUGUAGAUUUUUAGUACCGCGGGGUUUUUUUUUACAUUUCUGUAACGAGUUUUUU